CCACUGCACAACAACCCGUUACAACGUGCAGUCCAAAUGGCCAGGCUGCGAGCGCUGCUUCCCCUGGCCUUCGCGGCCGUCGUCCUCCUGCUCGCCGUCGCGGCCGCCGCGCAGCCUUCUGACAGGCCACCCAAGGCCCAGGGGCCGAAAGACACGAAACCACCAAAGCAGGAGAAGGAGAAGCCGAAGCCGAAGCCGAAGCCGAAGCCGAAGCCGAUGAAGGUCAAGUGCCAGGACCGCAAGGCCUACCCUUACUGUUCCGGAAGGCCGAUGGAGUGCCCCGCCACCUGCCCUCAGUCCUGCUACGUCGACUGCAACUCCUGCAAACCCGUCUGCGUGUGCAGCGUGCCGGGAGCCUGCGGCGACCCGCGCUUCAUCGGCGGCGACGGCAACGCCUUCUACUUCCACGGCCGCAGGGACGCCGACUUCUGCGUCCUCUCCGACCGUGACCUCCACAUCAACGCCCAUUUCAUCGGUAAGCGCGGUGAUGGCAUGUCCCGGGACUUCACGUGGAUCCAGGCCAUCGCCGUGCUUUUCGACGGCCACCGGCUCUACGUCGGCGCCAUGAAGACCGCCACAUGGGACGAUGACGUUGACCGCAUGGAGCUCACCCUGGACGGGGAGCCCGUGCACCUUCCGGAGGAGGCGGUGGACACGACGUGGACGUCCAGCGCCGUGCCGGCCCUGUCCAUAACCCGCACGAAGGCGGCGAACGGCGUGCUGGUCGUGCUCGACGGCAAGUUCAAGAUCAGGGCGAAUGCCGUGCCGAUCACCGAGGAGGAGUCGAGGGUGCACCGGUACGGCGUGACGGCGGAUGACUGCCUUGCGCACCUUGACCUGGCCUUCAAGCUCGACACGCUCACCAGCGACGUGCACGGCGUGGUCGGCCAGACGUACCGCUCGGACUACGUGAACCAGUUCGACGUCAGGGCCUCCAUGCCGACCAUGGGAGGGGAGAGCGACUUCACCACGUCCAGCCUGUUCGCCGCCGACUGUGCCGUCUCGCGCUUUGGAUCCGAUCGUCACGACGACGGUGCUGCGGUGAUGUCAGAGCUUGCUGGUGUCACCUGCGCCAGUGGCGCCAUGAGUGGCCAUGGGGUGGUGUGCAAGAAGUAAGACACGUCUACUUAUAUAUGUGCCCAAAAUUAAAUUACGUUGAGCAAUCCAUGGUGUUACCAUAUGUGACUUGUACUGUAGCCAUGCCUGCAUGCAUGGUCUCCAAGUACCAGCAAUAAACUUGUCACAAA